AUGUCUCAUAAUACAAAAUCAUCAAUAGAAUCACAAAAUAUUGCUGAAGAUGGUCCACCAAUGUCUGUUGGUGAACAUCCAAAUGCAAUUACUAAUCGUUUUUAUACAUAUGAACGUGUACAAGAAAUUGUUGCUUUCAUUCAAAAAUUAGUACCAACUAAACCAGAACUAGCUAUUAUAUGUGGUUCAGGUCUUGGUGGUUUAGCUGAAUUAAUUGUUGAUAAAAUUGUAAUACCUUAUGUUGAUAUUCCACAUUUUCCGAAAUCAACUGUUGUUGGUCAUCGAAGCAAUCUUGUAUUUGGUACAUUUAAUGGUCUUUAUGUUGUUUGUAUGCAAGGUCGUCUUCAUCCAUAUGAAGGAUAUACUACAGCUAUGUGUGCUUUUCCCGUACGAGUAAUGCGUAUGCUUGGUGCACAUUCACUUAUUGUUACUUGUGCUGCUGGUAGUGUUAAUCAAGAUUAUAAUGUGGGUGAUAUUAUGUUAAUCAAAGAUCAUUUGAAUUUUCCUAAUCUAGCUGGAAAUAAUCCACUUAUUGGUCAUAAUGAUGAAAGAUUUGGACCACGUUUUCCACCUGUUGGUCAUGCAUAUGAUCGAGAAUAUUUGUUAGAAAUGAAAAAAAUUGCUCGUAAAUAUAAUCUUCAAUUACGUGAAGGAGUAUAUUGUGGAUUAGGUGGUCCAUGUUAUGAAACUAUUGCUGAAAUAAAGAUGCUUAGAUUACUUGGUGGUGAUGCUGUUGGCAUGUCAACUGUUCAUGAAGUAACAUUCGCAGCCCAUUGUGGUUUUCGUACACUUGGUAUUGCAUUAAUAACUAAUAAAGGUUUAACAGAUUAUGAUACAACAUAUGAAGCUGUUCAUGAAGAUGUGAUUCGUAUAAGUGAACUUAAAGCUAAUGAAUUACAACGAUUGGUCUAUGACUUUGUUGAUGUUAUCAAGAAAAGAUCAUAUUCGAAGAAAUAA